CCAGAAAAUUAGAUUCAAGCCGUUCGGACCACUGCAUCAAAUCAAAGCUUGGGAUAAACAAUAAACAUCAAGACAAAAGAACAAAUACCAUUUCGUUGAGAACGAACGACAGUAAUACAUCUACAGAUUAGCACUCGCUCUGCACGUCAACAUUGAAUUUUGAAAGAGAAUGAAUACUGCAUUGACGGCAUCGAGGCGGAUGAUCCUCUUGUCAUCGACAAGGGUGAGUGCGAAAAAAAGGCAACCAUCUUGACUGUCGCGGUGCGCUGCGGUUUGAUGUGAUGUUUGCCGGGAAAGAACCUUGAACCGGCACGCAAGCCCGCUUCAUCUGACAUUAUUGACAAUUUCUAUUUGCGUCUCUUGUCUUUGUUUGCUUGUUUGCUUGCUCGAUGCACAACCGUUUAGGCGUCACCUGCUGCAAGACAGUUUGCAUCGCUUCGUUGGCUUGCCCAUCCCGCCGCCGCAACUUCCUCGUCAUCUUUUGCUGGCGAAGAAGCCCAAAAAAAUUCCUGGACCGCCGCGGCCGCCCUUGCCGUUUCGGCCUUCUUGGGAGCCGGCACGAUUGCUGCCUGCGAUGGGGCUCCUUCCAUGAAGAAAAGCAACGUUUUCGAUCCACAAACCUACCCAACAUCCGACGAAACAGAAUCGUCGCCGKUCGAACCCAUGACGGUCUAUGCAAAGAUGGCCAUAAAGACCGAGUUGGAAGAACAGAAACAGCAGCGGCUUCAGGCAACCAGUCCCACUGAAGAACGCAAAAACGCCCGUCUGGAGGAACAAAAGGCAGUCCUUUCCCUGGCCGCCGAUGCCGUGCCCGAAAUGACGGCCUCGGAAUGGGAAAUCGAGAAGGCGACCAAGAAGGCCAAGAAGCAUUCUGGUGGAAUAAAGCUCUUCAGCGGAAACGGUAAUCUCGCCCUCUCGCUGGAAAUCUGUCGCCACCUCGGAAUCAAUCUCGGGAAGGCUACGGUCGGACGUUUUGCCGACGGUGAGGCCAACGUCGUCGUGCACGAAAACGUUCGUGGCAAAGAUUGCUACGUGAUCCAACCGACCUGCCCACCCGUCAACGACAACAUAAUGGAGUUGCUGCUCAUGGUGUCGACUUUGCGAAGAGCAAGUGCUCGCAGAAUCACCGUUGUCAUUCCCUACUAUGGUUACGCUCGACAAGAUCGAAAGAUGCAGGUAUGGAAAGGUUUUACACAACGUGGAUAGGUUCGAUGUUUUAGUGCAUUGCCGGUUGAAAUAUUUGACGCUUGCAUUGCAAUCUCACGGAAUUAUUAUACGCGUUCGCUUUCCUUUAGGCACGUGUUCCUAUUUCGGCAGCCGAUGUUGCCCGUUUGAUCGAGGCGAUGGGAGUAGACCGCGUCAUCGCUGUCGAUUUGCACUGUGGACAGAUUCAGGGGUUCUUUGGUCCUCGGGUGCCCGUUGACAACCUGGACGGUGGCAUUGUGGGUCUUGAUUACUUUGGAUCCAAGGAUCUUCACAACCCCGUCGUUGUCAGUCCCGAUGCUGGUGGUGUUUACAGAGCGAAAAAAUUCAAGGAAGGUCUCGUGCACAAGUACGAUAUGCAGGAUAUCGGAUUGGCUAUGAUUGUAAAGCAGAGAGCACGCGCCGGGCUCGUUGACACUAUGGACCUCGUGGGAGACGUCAAGAACUGCGAUUGCAUCCUUGUCGACGAUAUGAUUGAUACCGCUGGUACACUUUGUAAGGCCGCCGAUGUCUUGAUUGAGAACGGUGCCCGCCGAGUCUUUGCAUUCGCAAGCCACGGUCUGCUUAGUGGACCCGGAAACGAUCGACUUGCCAACUCGAAGAUGGAAGAAAUCGUCAUUCUGAAUACCAUCCCUACGUCUCCUCAACGGGAAGCAAACGAAAAGUUGACCAUGUUGAGUGUAGCCCCGCUACUUGCUCAAGCAAUCUUCAACAUCCACGCAAAGAAGAGUAUUUCGGCUCUCUUCAAAUGAACUCAGGGGAAUCAAAAUCUCAUUCGCACCAUCAUGUCCCUCAAUCCAUCCUUCGCAAGCAAAUAAAAAUAACAAAAAGAGUCAAGAAAGGAAAGUAUUAGUAGACGCCAUUGAGUCCCUCGCUUGUAUUUACUUCCUGUUUGUAGGGUCACUCUGAGAUUGAGGAUAGUUAUUCCAAAGGAACUUUUCGUCUUAAAAAACGAUUGCACCAUCCAAAUCCUAAUGUUUUGUUCAGCUCGGUGAUUUGGUCGAUCUAUUCACCAGCACAGUCCUUGGCGAUAGUUGCAAAAAAGGUUCAUGGUCUCUGCAGAGGUAAGAAUGUGGUGAGGAAGAAUGACCCACCAUAUCUUGCAACUGGGCAUUCCAUGGACAGAUUAGCUUCAAUAUUCUUUCUAGAAGGCAAAUGAAUCCAACCACAGGAG